UGGGGCCGGCAGCGGCUGCGUGGGGGCGGGAGGGAGGCCUGAGCGCGGAGCGUCCCCUGCGGUGCGGAGUGUCCGCUGAGGGCCCGCGUAAGGCACCGCGCAGGGCUGGGUGGCGAGAGCAGUGCCCGGGGGGGACCGAUGCCCGCUGGAGUGGGAGCAGGGCGAGCGCGAGUGAGGGCUGCAGUACUGCAGCAGUGAGCUCUCGGCGGGCAGCGAGGAUCUCCGGAAGGAAUCGGGGCGCUCCGGGCCGCGAGCUGGAUGGUACCAGGGAUCCCCCGCCUGGGUCUCCCCAUCCGCUAUGGCAGGACUAACUGAGGUCCCAGUGACCUUCGAGGACGUGGCUGUCUACCUGAGCCGUGCCGAGUGGGAGGCCAUCACCGAGGAGCAGCAGGAGCUCUACCGCAGCGUUAUGCUGGACGUCUAUGAGCUCCUGACAUCCCUGGGCAUCCAAGCAGAGCCCAUGGUGAGAAGUGAGGGUGAAGCGUUUGGUAGACAGCAGCCUGGCUUCCAGGAGGAGAAGGUGUCCCAGCAGCCCACUGACAGUGAUGCUGUUCCUGAUGUCACUGUGAGGGUGGAAACUGAAAAGGUGUUGUCCGUUGUGCAUCCACAAGAAUCUGGUUACCCAGCAGGUCCUGGCUGCAGUGAUGAAGCAGAUGACAAGUGGAGGCCCAAGGAAGAGGUGCCAGCUCCGGUGGCAGAGGAGGAGGAGAGCCAGAGGAUGUUGUCCUCAGAGGAUUCCCACAGUCGACAGCUCACAGAUCUUUGCCCGGAGAAGGUGACAGCUCCAUCAUCCAGUGGUGGGCAGAUUUCUCCCUCUGUCGGCAGUAUGGGCACGGGCACAGCCACAGUCUUUGUCACUCAGCAGACGCAUGCCAAUGAUCAUGUGGGCCAAGGUUCGUUUGCCUGCAGUGAGUGUGGGAAGAGCUUCACUGCAAAGAGCAAACUGGUUCAGCACCAGCGUAUGCAUACUGGAGAGAGGCCCUUUGCCUGCAACGACUGUGGCAAGAGGUUCCACCACAAAAGCGGCCUGGUCUGCCACCAGCGCAUCCACACUGGUGAGAAGCCCUUUGCCUGUCCUGAAUGUGGCAAGUCCUUCAGACAGAAAUUUAACCUAGUAAGACACCAGCACAUCCACACUGGUGAGAAGCCCUUUGCCUGUCCUGAAUGUGGCAAGUCCUUCAACCAGAAAUUUAAACUAGUAAGCCACCAGCACCUCCACACUGGUGAGAAACCCUUUGCCUGUACUGAAUGCAGCAAGUCAUUCAUUUACAAAAGCGGCUUGGCCUGUCAUCAGGUUAUCCACACCAGCAAGAAUCCCUUUGACUGCAGUGAGUGUGGCAAAAGCUUCAACAAAAAAAUCAGCCUUAUCACCCACCAGCACACACACACGGGUAAGAUGCCCUUUGCCUGCGUGGAGUGUGGCAAGACAUUUAACCUGAAAGGGAACUUGGUCAAACACCAUUGCAUUCACAGUGGUGAGAAGCCCUUUGCUUGCACUGAGUGUGGCAAGAGCUUCAAGCACAAAAUCAGCCUGGUCACCCACCAGCGCAUUCACAGUGGUGAGAAGCCCUUUGCCUGUACUGAGUGUGGCAAGAGCUUCAGGCACAAAAUCACCCUGGUCAACCACCAGCGCAUCCACACUGGUGAGAAACCCUUUGCCUGUACUGAGUGUGGCAAAAGAUACAACCAGAAAGGCUACCUGAUCCAUCACCAACGCAUCCACACCGGUGAGAAGCCCUUUACCUGCACUGAGUGUGGCAAAAGAUUUAACCACAAAGGAAGCCUUGUCAACCACCAGCGCAUUCACAGUGGUGAGAAGCCCUUUGCCUGUAGCGAGUGUGGCAAAUGCUUCAGCCAGAAAGUCUACUUGGUCAGCCACCAGCGCAUCCACACCGGUGAGAAGCCCUUUGCCUGCCCAGAGUGUGGCAAGAGAUUCAUCUACAAAAGCAGUCUGUUCUCCCACCGGCGCCUCCACACUGGUGGGAAGCCCUUUGCUUAUGCUGAGCCUGGCAAGAGCUUCAGUGACAAACGCAGCCUGGUGGCCCACCAGCACAACCGCCCCAGAAAGAAGCCCUACACCUGCUAGAGCAUGGCAAGAGCUUCGCGUGAAAAUUGCAACUUGUCAGCCAUCGUCACACCCACAUCAGUGAGACUCUGCCUGCCCCGAGUGUGUCAAGAGUUUCAUCCCGAACCAAACAACUCACCCAAGUAGUGGAUUGGUUCUACCCUUGCCCUGAGCUCAGCAAAGUCUUCUCCCACCAGGAGUGAUUGUGCACUGCAGCAUGCAUGCCAAGGAGAGGAUACUCUCCUGCUGCCAUGCUGGAGAAUCCUCCCAAUCCUCCCUGUGCGUCCUGCUAGGAGCACAGAACAAUGUUGCUGUGCAACACCUGCUGAGCAGAGCAGAGGCUACCCGGGGAUGCAGUGUCCUGUGUCUCCUGUGUCAGAGUAUGGAGAAAGAUUCCCCACACAGUGUAGGAUAGAUUUUUCUCACGUGUGCUGUUUUCUUUGGUUAGUAUGUAAGCUUAAGCAUAAAUAAGUCUUAAAGGCGAGAGAGUGGCACUGGUGGAGGGAGUUUGAAAGACCCCAGACUAUGUGCACAGGUGCAGGUGUCCAAACACUUUGAUGAGUCCUGUACCAUGAACCUGUAAUGAGUGGGAGAAAUAAUUGUCUUAGGUAAGCGUGACUUCGUAAAAGCUUGUGCAUAAAGAACCGUGAAAAGUGUGCCUGAUGGCCAUGGGACCUCCAGGCGUGAUGCCUCCCUGUGCCUUAUUCAGCACUAAAUGAAAAGAAAUGCUGCUGCUCGUUUAA